UGUGUAAGUGUUAGCAUGUAUUUGUGCAUAUAAGGUGCAGAGCGCACCCAUAACCAAACUAAAUUUACAGAGAGUCUUCAGAGGUCCUCGGUUGUUUUCGAAUGGAUCGUCACUUGGGAUUGCUCGUUUCCUUGCUUUUGGUGUCAGCAGGUUGCCUUACUGAUGCCACUAGCACAAGGCGCAUGAAUGACUUCAUCGAAGCUGUGGAGAAUAUUGAAGCCGAGAAUCCGGGGCUUUCAAUGCUCGAUGUCGUGAGAGGUCUUCGUAAGGUUGCUGGCUUGGAAACCGACCUCAUCAAGAAUUACCUUGGCGACCUCCGUGAUGUAAAUGGCUUUGUGACAAGCUCAUCAGUCGCUUCAUACAUAAAAACGGUUAUUAAUCACAAGGUAUCAGAGUUGGGUGAGGAGGACGGUGUGGUUCUCACCUUAGAUGGGUCAAACGUGGCUUUGGCCCCAAUGCUCCUCGGACUUGAAGUUGGGCUACAAUCCAGCAACAAACGACGAAUCCAAGACCUGUACGCCUUAACUUUGACUGAAAACCUGGUUGCUUCUUUUGCACUUCAUGCCAGUUAUGAGCACCCCACUGUUUCCUUGGGCACUAAAGGUUUUUGGGAUAGCAUUAAGUCCCCAAAAGUAUACACUCUUUCCGGUUUACCCUCCUUGGCAACAGACGCCCUCAUAAUUGGAGGUAUAGAUGGCCUCAUUCUUUGGUCAGAAGUCACCAAGCCGAACCAUCGAUAUGUAUCACUAAGUCACUUGCUGAAGAGUUACUACAGCCAUCAGCUCAGCAGCAAAGGGUUGGAUGCUGCACCCCGUCUGAUUAGUCAAAAACGAAGGAUGAACUUCAAAAAAGUUGUCAGCUUCCCCAUGCUUAAAAGUCAAGUUACACAGGCCCUAACAGGUCAUCAGAAAUUGAACAAUGAGUCUGAGAAGGAGAGACUGGAUGCUAUUAUGAAUGAGGGAAUUGAGAAACUGAUUCACAUAUAUGCGGUCUGUCCCAACAUCAUUACCAGGUCUCAGUGGGGGGCUGCAGCUUUCAUCGGAAGUCCCUCCUAUCUGUAUCUCCCAGUGCCCUACCUGUUCAUCCACCACUCAUAUCAGCCCUCCAGGCCUUGUACCACCUUUGAGCAAUGCGCCAGUGACAUGCGCUCCAUGCAGAAUUACCACCAGAACACUAAUGGAUGGAGUGACAUUGGAUACAGUUUUGUUGCCGGUUCUGAUGGUAACCUGUAUGAAGGCCGUGGCUGGGAUUGGGUAGGUGCUCACACACAAGGGUACAACUCCGAUGGCUAUGGCGUCUGCUUCAUUGGAGACUACACCUCCACUCUCCCAGUAAAGAGCGCAAUGGACAUGGUGAGGUACGACUUUACAAAGUGUGCCGUGGAUUCAGGGGGACUGUCUUCAGGUUACUACUUAUAUGGACACAGACAAGCUGGGUCCACAGAGUGCCCAGGAAAUGCCUUCUAUCGUGAAAUCCAGAACUGGGAGCAUUACGAUAGCUAUUUACCUUGAAGGCCACAAUGAUGGGCAACUAACCGUGUCCUUGGAAAACAGUACAUGUAUUAAGUGUUGCAUGUAACACAUAAUAAAUGCAUAUACUUCAAAAA